AUGACCCAACACUGGCUGCUGAUGCUUUGCAUGUGGAACCCCGGAAACAACCCAGUUCCCCAGGUCUUCAUCGAUGUCAUUCUCGAUGAGGAGGAAGCCGAAGAAGCGGUCAUCGAUGAAGAGGUUGGGGAACAAGAUGACUGGGAUAUAUCUAGCAUGUCAAUUUGCUAUGUGCGGUCCGACGGGUCAUGGGGGCACCUGUCGGAGUUGCUGGUAGAGCCUGCGGAGGUGUCUGGGUCACCUGCUCCGGCUCCGGCUGCAGCUCCAGUGGCUGCUCCGGAGGCUGUACCAGGCCCCGCACCCCGCAGAGUGGAAGCAGAUAAGAACACCGAAGCUGUUCGUGACACCAGUAAGCUUGUUCUUGUCGAUUAG